UCUUCUCGGCCGGUGAGGUUCUACUGCGGGAGUCGUGACUUUGCUCUCUCGAGUCUUUAACGCUUUUGACAUUGCGUUUGAGUCGCUUGUAAACACUUAAGGUUUACAUUGAGUCUAUUUAGAGGUGUUUUGCACUGCUGUGUGGUUAGUAUACGUGCUGCAAGAUGUCUUCGCAAAACCCUGAAUAUUCUCCGUUCUUCGCGGUGAUGGGCGCCUCAGCAGCGAUGGUGUUCAGCGCACUGGGUGCUGCUUAUGGCACAGCCAAGAGUGGAACAGGCAUUGCUGCCAUGUCGGUGAUGAGGCCAGAGCUGAUCAUGAAGUCCAUCAUCCCUGUGGUCAUGGCGGGUAUCAUCGCCAUCUACGGCCUGGUGGUGGCCGUGCUUAUCGCCAACAACAUUUCAGCUAACCUUCCCCUCCACAAGAGUUUCCUUUACCUGGGCGCUGGACUGAGUGUGGGCCUGAGCGGCCUUGCUGCCGGCUUCGCCAUCGGAAUCGUGGGAGACGCGGGAGUGAGAGGCACAGCCCAGCAGCCCCGCCUGUUCGUGGGCAUGAUCCUCAUUCUGAUCUUCGCUGAGGUGUUGGGGCUGUAUGGGCUUAUCGUUGCCCUUAUCCUCUCCACCAAGUAAACAGUGUUCAUUAGAAAUCUAAUAUAAUAAACCACCCACUACAACACACACCAACAAAAACAUCCACCUAAUGAAACACACUGAGUAACACCACAAGAACCGGAAAGAAGGGUGUGUGUGUUUGUGUGAGUGUAAGUAUGUUAGUGUGUGUGCACGCGUGAGUGUGUGUAUGUGUACCUAGUGGGCGAGUAAAUAUGACGGAGUUUCUCUCUGUGUGUGUAUUAUAAUUGCCUGACGUGCGUCUUCUUGUAAAUGCAAUGUGUAGCUUGUGCUCUUGUCUUGUUGGUGUUUAGAUAGCUUCCCCGACCCCUUAUUGCUACACUCGUUCGUUUGCAUUUUUACUGUCUUUUUUUUUCUUUAGUUUGAAGAACAAAUCAUCUUUUCUGUCUUCUGUUUUGGGACCAUUUGCUAAUUAAAGCAGUCGUCGAGGAUGUAAAAAAAACAAAACAUUUUUGCUGAUUAUUUAUGACAGUUUUGAAAUGUUCAUGAAAAUUAAAAAAAAGUCUUUAUUGAAAUCCCAGUGAUCUAAAUAUAUAUAUAAAUACAUGUAUUGAAAGUAUAUAUCUGUAUAGGUAGGUGAAUUGCACUGUGGGUAAUUUGUGCUUGGAGUUUCUCUGGAUGUAAUCAUUGAUUACCAUGCAAAUUUUGUUGUCUAUCAAGUUAUUGGUGUGAAAGUUUACAGAGCGUGCAGUUGUGUAUGCACGUGUAUGUUGGUGUGAAUGUGUGUUUUAAAUCUAAAGUGACAUUCUUUAAACUUGUGUAGCGUUAUACCUGUAGUUACUAUCGUUUCUGGUUGCAUUGAUGGGCAGACAAGACACCAGCCCAGCCCGUCUUGUUUCCAAAUAAACCUUCCUUACCUUC